AUUCGCGAAGUAUCGAGCGCCGCGUGCGCAUGUCGACUCGCGCACAGCGAACAAUUAAUUGCUAUAGUUUUGUGUUUUUCCUACAAUGAUUAGACACAUAACCUGCCUCCUGAUCGUCGCGCUGGCUGUCCCCAGCUUCGAGCAGGACGUGCCAAUAUCACCCUGUCCCAAUGUGUUCAUGUACGAACCACUGGGCGCCGAGAAGAACAGGUGGUAUGGUGUCGUCAACCUGUCCACCGAUAGCACUCUCCAUGGGUUAUGGCUGAACAUCGUGCUCGAUGGCAAGGCAGACAUCCUUGGGAAUUGGAUCGGCGACGUCUCGACGUCAGACAACAAGGACUUCAAAGUGGAGAACAGCGACAUGAUGAUUCACCCUGGCCCAGCGGUGGCUGUGCGGUUCUUCGUCCAAUACAACAUACUCAACCCUACCCCCAAGCUUAAGACCAUCAGACUGAAUGGCAGGGAGAUCUGCAAUGCGGAUAUACGCUCACCAGUCACUCCAGACACUAACUGGGCUACGCCGAAGCCCACCAAAGCGCCCACCAGGCCUGUUCCAGACAGAACAACAGAAAGGGUUGUCACGCAGAGACCCGUCACGGAGAGACCUGUGACAGACUGGGCGCAAGAACACCCGGUGUACAGACCACCUUCUGGUGGUAGUCCCAACCCUGUUGAUAUAGCUGGUGGUCAAGACACCUCCAACGGCAUCAAGAUCGUGGAUUGGCCUCCCAGACGUCCAGGAACCACCACGGAAGCAGAUGACAGCCAAGAGAAAGGAGGUGGAGGCUUCGGGGGUGGUCUGCCGGUGGUCUUCGUGCCUGGAAGGCCCACGUCCAGACCUCCGACGUUCGAAGAAGGGAACAACAACAAACAGGUGCAGUGCGGUUCAGUGGUGAAGCAGAACCCUAAAAUCCUGAACCCGCUGAUCGUCAAUGGUGUCCCGACCUACGAAGGCCAGUGGCCCUGGCAAGUGGCCUUAUACCAGACCCAGACAGUGGAUAACAAGUACAUCUGUGGGGGCACCCUGGUGUCGGAUCGCCACAUCGUGACGGCUGCCCACUGCGUCACCCAGAAAGGAUCCAACAGGCUCACCGACAAGAACACACUAACAGUCUACUUGGGUAAACACAACCUGAGGACGUCGGUUGAAGGGGUACAGAUCAGGCUUGUGUCUCAUAUCCACAAGUACCCUGAGUACAACGGCUCGUCGUACCAGAUGGAUCUGGCCAUCCUGGUGCUCCGGGAACCGGUUUUCUUCACCGACUGGGUGCGGCCGGUGUGCCUCUGGCCUGACAGCGACACCAGCCUAAAUACCAUCGUCGGGAAAAGAGGAUCGGUGGUAGGAUGGGGUUUCGACGAGACAGGCGUAGCGACUGAAGAGCUGAGCCUGGUGGAAAUGCCCGUGGUGAAAACCGAGACCUGCAUCAGAUCCUACAGCGAAUUCUUCGUGCAGUUCACCUCGGAGUAUACGUACUGCGCUGGAUAUAGAAACGGAACCUACGAUGAACGAACCGGAAGAAUAACAAGUACAUCGGUGUGCAACGGCGACAGUGGCGGAGGGAUGGUGUUCAAGAUCAACGGGCUCUGGUACCUCAGAGGGCUGGUCUCCCUCUCGGUUGCCAGGCAGAACGAGUACCGCUGUGACCCGUCACAUUACGUCGUGUUCACUGAUAUUGCAAAGUUCUUGCCUUGGAUCAAGGCUCGUCUUAGCGAGUAGGUAGUCUAAGUAAUAAAAUGGUUUGUACAGCCUGAUCGAGCACUGCGCACCUUGCUGGAAUGCGACUCUCCAUCCCACUUACCCGCACACCUCAUUCACCCCGUCCGUACUAAAGCGUUGAUGUGACGUCAUGGCUGCCAGGUGCGCAGUUAACUCUACCGGUUUGAGAGAUAUAGAUAGUUUCAUCUACGAAGACGCGCCCCACCAUUCUUCCGCUAAUGUUUGAGUGUUAUCGAUACACGCUAAAUUAUCCAUAAGUGCACACGCACACUACAAUAAUGACGCUCGGAUUGCUCGGAUCAAACUCCCCGCACCCCGCGCUUCUCUCGACCAAAAAUUAUUCGUGGAUGAAACGACCUAUUCUUAUAGGGUCGGCGAGUCAUGCUCUCUAGCGGGACCACAUGCAACUCUCUAAAAUUGUAUUGGUGUACUUAGUAAGAAUAUUAUGUAAGAAAUAAAAUGUAAACUCGUACUUAUGCAUUUUAAGUUAUAGGAGGUACAAAUUAAGUACAAAUAGCCAGUAUCAAAAUUGCAGCUAUUGAUCAAAUAACGAGGAAUAUUAUGAACAUUAUAAGAACAUUAGUAAUGAUGAACAUUAGUUGAAUGGGAUUUGUUGUGUCAAAAUACAUUGUUUUUACCAUAAAAAGAAGUCACUGUUUAAAAAUCAUUGAGGAAUUUCCUCAAUUUCCUAUUCAUCUAUAAACUUAUACAAGUGCCACAUACUUUAAUAUUUUUUUUACAUUCAUCGCGAAAAACUUAAGAUAUUGUUGGUAGGUUUGUUGUAAAAAUGAUGGAUGGAUAAAAAACCUUAAAUAAGUCUUGUAGUAUAUUUUACAUGUCGUUAUUAGGUGCCUUUUGCCUUAUUUAGCGCCUCUCUUGCCGUAUUAGGCGCCCCUCGCCUAAGUUGGUCAUUCCUUAUAGCCUAGAUGGCGCUGUUAAUAGCAAUAAUUUUUGAGAUUCCUUUUAUAGAAAUAAGACAUUGUGCAGACCAGGUGCUAACAAAAAUCUCUUGACAAUGUGACGUGCAUUAUAGAUUUCCGAUUCGUCGAUUUUAUAACUGUAGCACAACGAACCAAACACGAAUCUACUUUGUUCGAUGCAUUGUCUAGAAGCGCAAGAUUUUUUUUAUUAUUCGCAUAUAAAACUGCGAAUUGUAAUAUGAAAAUUUCACUGAUCAAAAGACUACAUAUGUAUUUUUAGAAAAUUAAAUACUUAAGUUUGAAUCUUGUUUUAUGAUGUACUUACUUAACUCAACAUUAUGCUCAAUUGUGAUAAAUUACUAAUUCUUGACAUUUUCGUAACAUUUUAUAUUAUUGUAUUGACUGGUAAAAAAUAAAUAAUGAUAAUCGUAAAUUGAACAAUUAAAAUUUU